AUGAAUGGUCUUAUCGCUUUCGGAUCGGCAGAGAUUGAUGGCGAUCAAGGCGGGAGUCCGGUUGCGAUGGUUCUGGGCGCCUUAAUCACCCUAAAAGGCACAGGUUUUGACGGAACAUUCAUUCGGUUUGAGAAAAUGUAUGCUCUUGUCUGUAUUGUUUCCAGUCUUUGUAAGUGCUGAAUAAACACGGCCUUUAUUUGGAUUUAGAUUUAAUUACGGCGCGCCCUCUUGACGUCCAGAUUAAUCAAAAUGGAGAUGGUAAUUUUAUGGUAGGCCCUGGAGAUCGUGCCCAGUUUACUCUUCUCGAGGACUACCGCCCACUGACACAAGCCUUCAACCGAGUUGAUCGUGAGUUCGUAACUCUCAAAAAGUUCAAAUAAAAGUAGUUUAACUCAAGUAAAAUAUAUCAAUGUUUUACACUUUUGAAACAAUUACAAUUUCCAGGCGCCAAAAUUCGUGCUUCAAAACAAUUUCAACCAAAAGCACAAAAAAUCGAAGUAAUGGUCGAAUUCCCAACUGAAACACAAGAUUUGACGCCAGUAGAAGCACCAGCUGCGGUUACGGAAUCUCUUCCAGAAGUUGGAGUUUGGAAGGAAUGGAGUCGUUGGACUCCCUGCUCGAAGGGACAGCGGAUCAGAGUCAGACAAUGCACGGGAAAAACGUGCGAGGUAAUUAACAAAUCCUUUUUUUACAAUAGUUCUUCAGGGUCUCAACAAGCAAAGUCAGACCUGUUUUUCCACCCAGCAAGCCACACCAGUCGCGAAUGAUCCUAUGGUGAUAGAGAAGGAAAUCCAGGGAUGA